CAUUUGUUGUUUCCUGGCGGAACACAAUAGCGGUGUCGCUAUCGGAAGUACACGCUGUGUUGCUUUGGGGAAAAUAAAACGGUACUGUGCAAAAUGUUUGCUGUCAGAAAGUGUCGGAUUUUUGCGAGAUGCACAACGUUGCAGUCUUUUAGGAGUAAUGCAGGUUCAAGUCAGCAAAGUAUUAACACACAGCAACAGCGGGAUAUGCUUGACAGUGAUAAGCCAAUGAAGAUUGAAAAUCCUUACAAAGAGCCACCUAAGAAGUGCACACUGUGCGGCAUAUCAGUGGAUUACAAAAAUGUGCAGCUUCUUUCUCAGUUUAUUUCACCAAACACAGGAAGAAUAUAUGGCAGGCAUAUAACAGGUCUCUGUGGGAAAAAACAAAGAGAAAUUUCAAAGGCUAUCAAAAAAUCACAUUACAUGGGGCAGAGUCGUGGGGUAGCUGGAACCUAUCCCAGCAGUCAUCAGACACAAGGCAGGAACACCACGUGGAGAGAGUGCCAGUCCAUCAGAGGGCAAACAUGAAGACACACACAUGCUAAGGCCAAUUUAGCAAUGCCAGUUCACCUACUUUGUAUGUCUUUGAACUGUUGGAGGAAACUUGACCACCUGGUAGAAACCCACAUGGACACAACACCGGAAGAACAUGCAAACUCUACGCUGGGAGCCCCAGGGAUGUCAACCUCAGUCUCCUUGUUGGGAGGCCAUGCCACCCCUGCUCUGUACAUGUGUGCUAAGAUCACUUCAUAGCCUAAUGGAAAAAGACACUGGAUCCUGAACCUAAUAUAAUGUACACUGUAACUGUUUAAAAAAUAUUAACCCAGAAAAGAGACUCUAGUAAGUAAGCUAUAUCAUUGUUCUGCAAAUAAAAAUGUUAAUUCUGGAUA